AAUCUGAAGCUGUGAGGCAACACUACCUGCUGCGCCAUCGUUCCCAUCGAGGCCGUCUUAAAUUUAACUGCUUGCUAACCAUGGUUGGUUUCAUUUUCACUGUGUAUCUCCACCUGUUUAUGUGAUGUCAGCUGUUGGCUGAUCUUGUGUUUUCAGAAGGCAAAUAAAGUAUCGGCAUCAAAUUUCCAUUGUAAAUGAGCAGCUAUGACUAUCUGAUGUUUAAGUUGCUUGAACACGUUGUAUUGUAAAUCUCCUGGCACAAAUCUGAUAACGAUAACUAGAGAGCUAGGGCUAGAACUAGGGGGUCUUUGCAAGUAAUACAGGUUUUGAACGUAUGUAGCUUGGUCGUUAGUAACUGACGGGCAUCUACUGUGCAAUGACUUGAGUGGACACUUGAAACACAAUGAGGAGAGUUUAGAGUUACACUUAGAUACUCUGUGUGUGUGUAUGUGUGGGUGUGUGCGGGUGUGGGAAUAAUUAGGGCUUGAUAUAAAGUUAAUCUGUAUGAUUAACUGCCCUGGGAACAAUAAUGAUGUCAUGAGCCCAUUCAGAUAUAAGCAUGAUGUCAUUUCAUUUGAAAAAGAAAAAAAAAGCAACAAGGUUGAUCUACACUCGGAAAACUGAGACACUCAUAUCAAAUAUCUCAUCAGUGGUGUAAGAUCUCAGAGUGUAAGCUGAAUCAGACUCAAGCAGGGCAGAGGAGUCGUGUCCUGCUGCCCUGAUGAGCUCCUUGUCUCGGGUUGUUGAGGGCUAACUGUGUGCUACAGGGCUAUCGCUUUAAAACAAACCAUCAGUGGGUGAAGGGGGGGUGGUGGUGAAAGGCAGAGAGUUGGUACGUUCUACGUGGGAAUGUUUGUGUUGGGUCAACCAUGAGCUGUUCCUGUGGGAAUUAAGGCUCGCUGUUGGAGAGAGAGAGUGAGACAGAGAGAGAGAGAGAGUAUGAAUCUCUACAGUGUUGCACAGUUUCUCCCGUGGGGCACUUAGAGUAGAAAAGGAGUGAUGAAGGACAUUAAAAGAGAAGAGAGCGGUGCCUGAGGACCUUUACCUGCUCCCACACCUGCACUGAAGAGGGAUUACCUGUCCUCCACACCUGUGUGUGUUUCUCAGCUAUGGAGGCUGUCAUUUUAAGUCUAGAGGAGAGUGUGUGCGGGGCGCAGAGUGUGUUCUGGGAUCUGACUUCAGCCGCUCUCAGGAGAUUGAGACACACACACCUACUGUAUAAUACUGUCUACCAGAUGACGGAGGGCCGGAGAUGUCAGGUCCAUCUCCUGGACGACAGGAAAUUGGAGCUCCUUGUGCAGCCCAAGCUAAUGGCGAAGGACCUGCUGGAUCUGGUAGCAUCGCACUUCAACCUGAAAGAGAAAGAGUAUUUUGGAAUCUCCUACACGGACGACACGGGUCACUUCAGCUGGCUGCAGUUAGACAGGCGCGUGCUGGAGCACGAGUUCCCCAAAAAGUCCGGCCCCAUCGUCCUUUACUUCUGCGUGAGGUUUUAUAUCGAGAGUAUCUCUUACUUGAAGGACAACGCCACCAUCGAGCUGUUCUUCCUCAAUGCUAAGUCCUGCAUUUAUAAGGAGCUCAUAGAUGUGGACAGUGAAGUCGUGUUUGAACUGGCCUCCUACAUAUUGCAGGAGGCCAAAGGAGACUUCACAAGUAACGAAACAACACGGGCAGACCUGAAGAAACUGCCCGCUCUGCCCACACAGGCCCUCAAAGAGCACCCGUCCCUCGCUUACUGUGAGGACCGAGUGAUCGAGCACUAUAAGAAGCUGAGCGGCCAGUCCAGGGGCCAGGCCAUCGUCAAUUAUAUGAGCAUAGUGGAGUCACUGCCUACAUAUGGAGUGCAUUACUACGCGGUUAAGGAUAAGCAGGGGAUCCCGUGGUGGUUGGGGUUGAGUUAUAAAGGCAUCUUUCAGUAUGACUACCAAGACAAAGUCAAACCCAGAAAGGUGUUUCAAUGGAGGCAGCUGGAGAAUCUGUACUUCAGAGAGAAGAAGUUCUCAGUGGAAGUUCACGAUCCUAGAAGGGCGUCGGUAACGCGAAGGACGUUCGGACACAGCGGCAUCGCCGUGCACACCUGGUACGCCUGCCCCGCCCUCAUCAAAUCCAUCUGGGCCAUGGCCAUCAGCCAGCACCAGUUCUACCUGGACCGCAAACAGAGCAAGUCAAAGAUCCACGCAGCACGGAGUCUGAACGAAAUAGCCAUCGACCUCACAGAGACGGGCACGCUGAAGACCUCUAAACUCGCCAACAUGGGCAGCAAGGGCAAGAUCAUCAGUGGCAGCAGCGGGAGCCUUCUGUCCUCAGGAUCUCAGGAGUCUGACAGCUCUCAGACGGCAAAGAAGGACAUGCUGGCAGCUCUGCGCGCUCGGCAGGAGGCUCUGGAAGAAACACUCAGGCAGAGGAUAGAGGAGCUCAAGAGCAUCUGCAUUAGAGAAGCGGAGCUGACCGGUAAGCUUCCUAAAGAAUAUCCUCUAGACCCCGGAGAGGAGCCGCCUACAGUGCGGCGCAAAAUCGGCACGGCCUUCAAACUGGACGAACAGAAGAUCCUCCCCAAAGGAGAGGAGGAAGAGCUGGAGCGUUUGGAGAGGGAGUUUGCAAUCCAGUCUCAGAUCACAGAGGCAGCGCGGCGUUUAGCCAGCGAUCCUCACGUGAGCAGUAAAAAGCUGAAGAAGCAGAGGAAGACGUCGUACCUGAACGCACUAAAGAAGCUGCAGGACAUCGAGAACGGCAUCAACGAGUACCGUAUCCGCUCGGGCAAGAAACCCACGCAGCGAGCCUCGCUCAUCAUAGAGGAGGCGAAUAUCGGCUCAGAGGACAGCUCUCUUUCUGACGCUCUGGUGCUAGAUGAUGAUGACCCCCAGGUAGCAGGGACGCCCACCUUUUCUCCGGUCUCCUCCCCUCAUAAAGGCCUUCCUCCUCGGCCUCCGUCGCACAGCAGGCCUCCUCCUCCUCAGUCUCUGGAGGGUCUCAGGCACCUGCACUACCAGCGCAGCGACUACGACAAAUCUCCCAUCAAACCCCGCAUGUGGAGCGAGAGCUCACUCGACGAGCCCUAUGAGAGAGUGAAGAAACGCUCCUCCCACUCCAGCAGUCACAGGCGGUUCCCCAGCACAGGCAGUUGUGAGACUGGAGGGAGUAACUCUUUGCAGAACAGCCCAGUGCGCACGCUGCCUCAUUGGAACAGCCAAUCCAGCAUGCCCUCUACUCCUGACUUGAGGACCAGGAGCUACGUCCAUUCAGCCAGCCUGUCUCAGCCUUUCCGUGGGCGGAGCUCCAGCCUGGAGUCUCAGGGGAAGUUGCUGAGCCUAGAGGCAGGACCAGAGGCGGAGCUUAGCCCAGAUCUCUUCCUGUCAGGGCCACAGCGGGCAGGAAGCAGUGGCUCGGUAGUGCCAGAUGACUGCUCAUCAUGCACCAGCCACUCGAGCUCCGAGCACUGCUGCCCACCAGCAGGUGCCAACCCCAACUACCGCACCCUAGCUGAGGACUCACCUUCUAGAGCACGCCAACGUCAGCGUCAGCGCCACAAAUCCGCCGGCCACCUGGGCAACUCGAGCUCAGGCAGCAUGCCCAACCUGGCCGCACGGAACGGCGGGACACCCGGAACAGCUCACCAGGGCGUCUACCUGAACAGCCAGAGCCAGCCGUCAUCGCAGUACCGCAUUAAGGAGUAUCCGCUGUACCCGACAGGCAGCAGCCCGGGCGCUGUGGUGGUCCGCAGCCUGGAGAGUGACCAAGAAGGCCACUACAGCGUCAAAGCACAGUUUAAGACGUCCAACUCAUACACGGCCGGUGGCCUCUACAAGGAGGGCUGGGGGUCAGCAGGGGAGGAUGGUGAGGGAGGCAGUGCCAGUGGCAGUGCCAGGCUCACACCGUCCAGGUCUCAGAUAGUGAGGACUCCGUCUGUAGGGAGGGAGGGAGGAGGGAACAGAGCGGCCGUGUCUGAGGAGCUACGGUGCUGGUACCAGCGUUCGUCCGGAUCACUCAAAGAGCACGCACGGCUCACGCACACCAGUUCGAACACGGGGAGAGUUGGCACACUCUCUAAGGGCUCACCAGCUGCCUCUCCACAUAGCCAGAGAAGUGGAACGCCAUGCAGUGAGUCAGCAGCAACACCAUCCUGCAGCCCCCAGCACAUCCUCAACUGGCAGAGCGGAUCAUUCAGCGACAGCUGUUUCCUGAGCAGUCCCCUUUGCUCUGAGCUCGCCGACGUGCAGUGGUAUGGACACGAGAAGGCCAAGCCAGGAACUCUCGUCUAAACCCUCCAUCCCUCUCCUGCUUCAUCCCUUUCUUCCUGGAACAGUGUUCUCUGGGCAGAUCUGUCCACAGGCUGGACCUCAACACAUAUUAUAGACAUGCCUAUGGCUGGAGCCAACACCCCUUCACCUUCUCUCUGUGCAUAUCCAGCAGUACAGUGGCUCUGGAAUUUGGAAUCACGGAGGUCGGGCCGAACUAGACUAAACCAAUCCUAAGUUGACCUUAAGCUGAUCCUCCCACUGCGUAUGGUAUGAACUCUGAACUGUGACCCAGUUAGCUGCCAGUCAGUUGCUCCGUAUGCACAAAACCCUUCAUCCAGUCCCAUCGCUGGAGUGAUACACCAGGGGUGUGGCCUCUCUUUUUUUGGAGAUGUGUUUAUGUGUGUGUGUGUGUGUGUGUGUGUGUGUGUGUGUGCAUCCUAGUGAACUGCUCCCAUGUAUGCAUACUCAAACGCACACAUCAGUGUGUAAUUCUGCAUAGAAGAUAAGGAGUACACACACUCCUGCAGAACGUUGCUGUUGGCCGUUUUGUCCGUAACCUUCAUGCGCACUGCUCUGUUGGAGUAAAUGCGAUGAAUCACACGCCCCAGUCCGCCGAGUGCACCAUAAAUCCUGUUUCCCACUUUUUUUCUUUUCUUUUUUUUUUUCUUUUUUUUUCUUUUCUAUAACAUUCUGUAAAAAAAAAUAUGGGCGUACACAACCGAGACCACAAGAUGACAGAAACACCCUUUUGGAUGUGAAUCCUUCAAGAAAAUCAGUAUUAUUGGCAUUUCUAAUUUAAAAAAAAAAAAAAAAAAAAGGUCACAUUAGGAAUUAGAGGAUUUUCCAGCACUUCACAAAAGUGAGCGAUCUCAGAAACGGCGUGAAAAGGCUAACCGCAAAAGCACUGCGAUGACGACUGGAAUUCAGGGGAUUAGUCCUGAAAACCUUUACGCCGUUCCAAAAUAUAUGGUGUCAAUAAAUAAUCCAGAAACAAAAUGACAAUUAUGACAUUUUACAAUGAAAUAUCUAAUCCUAGGGGACAAAAACAAACCAUGUCCUCCAAUGUCCAACAUCGAGCAGUUAGUAAAAAAGAGGCAUUAUUUCAGGAAAUUGCACCCCGAGUCAUGUAUUUAAGUAUUGCGAAGGUUAAAACCAGCCAGCUCUAGCUAACUACCACAUUAUAAAAUUAUUAGGGCUGCAACUAAUGAUUAUUUCCAUAAUCAAUUAGUUGGUCGGUUAUUUAUUUAUUUAUUUAUUUCGAUGAAUCGGAUGGGGGCGCAAACUUUCAGUACCAUUCCCCCCCCCCCCCGUUUAUUUAUAAUAAAAUCCACAAACUGAGUGUUACAAAUAUAAAACUUCAGACUAAAACUUUACACAACUGUAUGUCCAAUUAUAUACAACUGAAAAGAACCCAAUACACACACACACACACACACACACACACACACACUAGAAUAUAUGUUAUUCAUUUAGCACUGUAGUUUAAUUCCGUGCUUUUUGUGCCUCCAUAAAAAAUAAUGCAUAAAUACUUGUGUAAAAUGUAAACAAAUAUAUAAGUUUAUAUUAUAUAAUAGUAUUUAUGCAUUACUUUUUAUAAAAGGUAACGCUGACAUAAACAGUAAACUGAAGAAAGUCAUUGUCGGUGACUCUGGGUAUUAGCCUAAAGCUAGCGGCGUCACGUUACGUGCGUAUGACGUCAUGCGCCAUCGACUAGGAAGCGGCUUAUACUUCCGGUUAGUAAAAAACGCUCAUGUUCUUUUUCAGACGAUAUUACCUUUCUAAACUUCACACACUAGACGGUAGAGUGCGUAAUUUAGGACACAACUUUAGUAUUUACUCUCCGUAGCGUGUUUUCGGAAGAGAAGUAACGUAAUGAGUUAACGCACCCCGUCGCACGCAGACCGACUAAUCGAUAAUGAGAUCGGUUGAGAACGAUUUUCAUAAUCGAUUAUUGCUAUUUUAUCGAUUAGUUGUUGCAGCUCUAACAAUGAUACUGUUAAAGACAUAACCUAUAACAUGAGCUGAUAUUACAUGAUGAUGCUCAAACAACAGUAUACGGGGCAUGACUAAUAUCACUGUUUACUCAAACUUGAAUGAACUUCAAUCAGAACCAGCAAUAUUAAUAUGAAAACCAGUCGCUAAUUCGUAUAAUUACUUAUAACUUCAAUCCAGUUAAACGACCUGGUUCAGUUUGAACCUUGUUGAUGUCCUUACCAUCCAAGAGUGCUUAAAGUUACCUUUAGACGAACUAGGGAUGUAACCGAGUACAAAUACGUCCACUCAUGUGUGUUAGCUUAAAUUAGGCUGCUCGUUUGUCAUAUAGUUUGGAAAUAAAUUCAUUAGACAAUAUUGCAGGCAGUUACGAACAAACAUGAUAAGUGCAUGAACAGGUCUGGUUCGCCGAGAGAGGUCAUGAACUCGAGUGAGCUAAGGUUGGGGAACUUUUUAAGGUUGAGAGCCAGAACAUUCCGAGCAGGCCACGCCCACUUUGGGUUUAAAUCUGGAGAAGCACUAAACAAAUGCAGAUAGAAUAUAGUGGCAUUUACGUUAUAUCAAUAACGUGAUCUGUCUUCAGAUAACAACAAGUGAGCGAUUAGCCUCGCGUUAACGAGUGCGGCUUUACAGUAUUAUUGGUGCUUUAAAAUCAUUUCCACUGAUCCGGAUAAGUCUGUGGAAUCUUAAUUCUGGCUGGUUUUACUCGCAGUGUAGAUAUAUUGAUCAAGCCCUAACAGAAAACAGCAAAUCUUCGGCAGUUUAUUCAAGCGGAAACAUGGUCGUGUUCGCGUUAGUUGUCAUUGCAGGGCCGCAUGUCGACAUUUUUGCAGAAAGGGGGAUGAUUUUGAGGCUUGUGGUCUCCAUGUAUUUGUCUUGUUUUGUUUUUGGGUGGGUUUUUUUUUUUCCCCAUUUAGAUGUUCUAUCAGUUAUCAUACAAUAGCUGUAAAGUUUCCCAAAAGCCAUGUAGUGCCAUAUUUGAUCUGCUGUUUUAAGGGAAACUCCUCCCUGAACACGAGCUGGAUGGGAGCUGUGUGUUGGUGUAACCUUCUGAAGAACGCUGAAGUACUGUAUGUGCCACUCGCUCUCUCGGGCAGCUCCACCAGCCUGCUAGCCACCAUGGUGCUCUGAGCCUCUACUGUACUGUACGAUAAAUUACAAAUCCCCAAAUACACCCCCCACCCCCACCCCCCGCUCUGCUACUGAGCCCACAAGUAAUCCUCGUACCUGACAUCUUCGACAUAGGGACCUUAUUUUUAAAAAAUUUCCGUACUGAUGGAGUUUUUCUGUACUGCAUGUAGUUAGCACCGGACUGUUUGUACUCGGUUAGGGACUGGAUGAAACUGUAAGAGCACAACGUAAAGGGGCACACAUCAUACAGAACAGCCACUGACCAACAAACUUCUCUCUGAUUGAUCUUACCUCGGUGCCAUUUCAAAGCAUUCCAGUCUACAAGCAGAACACACACAUCCGGACCUCGGUUCUGAAAAACGUCCACACUCACCGUAGGCUCUCAGACGGAGAGGAAAAAACACAGGGUGUUUGUGUUUUUCUAGGCAGCGAGAUUUUAAAACGAAAUGAUGGUGCUCUUCUUCUCAAUGUCUCUCAUUUGACGAGGAAACACGGCAAGCCAUAGAGUAACAACCAUGUCUAUAUACUACACACUCCACAUGGUACAACAUCACACACACUCGGAAAUGGACACUCUGCAGCAAAGGACACUAUCUACAAGCACACUUCUUCUUCUUUUUCUUUUUUUUUUUUUUUAAGUAUACGUAUUUCCAUUACUAUAGUGUAUGUGCAUUAUGUGCCAUCAGACCCUUCAUAACAGAGUCCAGACCUAACACCCUGCAAUGUGAAAUCAGUUGCUGUUUGUGUGUUAUUUUUAGGGAUUCGAAUUCACCCUCUUACCCAGAACAGUGUAAUGCUGCCUCUCUUCCAGGCCUGGAUGGUGGCCCGUAAGUGCCAAGACAUGUUAACAAACCAAAACACGCAACAACAAAUCAGAAAACACAACAACAAAAGUAAAAAAAAAAAAAAAAAUCAUAAUGUAAAAGCAAAUGAGAAAACGCAACAAAACUAAAAACAUAGCAAAUCGGGAAACAACGGAAUUAAAAAUACAACAAAUCGGGAAACAACCAAACUAAAAACGCAGCAAAUCGGGAAACAACGAAACUAUAAAUACAACAAAUCUGGAAACAACGAAACUAAAAACACAGCAAAUCAGGAAACAAC